AUGACAGAUACAAACUCUAUCGAUUUUUGUGAUAGUUGGGAGUCACAACUUACUCAGUUAUCACCUCGUGCGCUAGAGAGACAGAAUACCUUAAAGCAAAACAAUAAUCAAGAUAAAAGAUUAGAAAUAUUCGAUCAAUCAGAACAAUUGAAUAAUAUUAUUAACGAAAACGAUAGCAAUAAUAACGAUAGUGGUAGUAAUAGUAAUAGUGGUAGUAAUAGUAAUAACAAUAGCAAUACCGAUAGUAAUAGUAAUAAUAAUAGUAAUAACUAUAACUAUAAAGAGGAAAUAGAUUGUUAUGAACAAUAUGAAUCUCCUAUCAAUACAACAUCUGAAGUGGGUGAGUCUCAUGAACAAUUUGAGAGAGACAACUCAUUACAUGAGCAACAACAAACGCAAUUGGAGAAAGAUACAGAAGAAACAAAUGAAAAAAGAUUUCCUUUGAAAUUACAAGAGCAAUAUAUAGUGCAACGAGAAUUACAACAACAACAACAAUUACAACAAUUACAACAACAACAACAAUUACAACAAUUACAACAAUUACAACAACAAAGUAAUAGUAUUAAUAAUAGUGAUAUCAAUAAUAAUAAUCCAAAACUAGUCGAAGUAAUUAAGUCUAUCAAUGAUACAUUUUAUAGAGUAUGUUCAGCUACGAAAGAAGAGUUUGACAAAGGUUUCAAAGAGUUAGAGGAUAGAUACUAUAUAAAAAUUGGACGUGCAUCUGUUACCAGAGAGAAUGAGAUUCAAAGAGUGAAAGAAUUAUACAGGUGUCAAGUGCUGGCAGCAAUGUAUGUUGGUGUCGAUUCCAUUGCCAUUUGUGGUUUCUCUUACGAUUUCAUCGGUCUCUUCCACAACUAA